UACUGCCUCUAUCUCUAUGGAAGAACACACAAAACAGUCACCGCAUAUUUGCCAUCCUUAACAAAUCGAAAUGAUAACACAAAUUUUAUAAAUCGUAUUUCAUUUAGAUAAUUAGAAAAAAAAAUGCAGUUAAGAAGUGACAAUUUAAUAGUUUUGGUUUUUUUGGUCCAAUAUACUCGUAUUGGACACUGUGACGCACAAUCUCGCCGCUACUCAAGUCGUGGAAAUGAUUACGAAGAUAAUAGAAAUGGUGCAUCUGGAACAAUUCCAAUUGGCUUAAUAACUGACCAAUACACCGAGCAAAUGGGUCUAAUUUUUGAACAUGCAAUUGAGGUUGCCAAUGCAGAGUUAGAGACUCCUCUAAAAGCUGUGAAAGAGGAGAUGAACUAUGGCGAUUCUUUUCAAGCUUACGGUGUAUUAUGUAAACUUCUAAAGGAUGGUGUGGGGGGAAUUUUUGGUCCCUCCUCACGGCACACCGCCAAACAUUUGUCCACGAUUUGCGAUACCAAAGAUGUGCCCUAUUUCUUUUCAGAUAUGAACGAGAAUUCAGAGGCUUUUAACUUAUAUCCACAUCCUUUAGACUUAUCAAAAGCAUUAUAUUUUUUACUAUCUGCCUAUGAAUGGUCACGUUUUAUAUUUUUAUAUGAAUCUGUUGAAUAUUUAGAUAUACUUAAUGGUAUCUUGGCUUUCUAUGGCAAUAAUGGUCCAACCAUAACGGUUUUACGUUACGAUAUGGAACUAAAUGGAAAUUAUAAAACUGGGUUGAUGCGUGUAAGGAAAUCCGGUGAUAGUCGUAUCGUUGUUGCCGGCUCAUCGGACACGAUGCCGGAAUUUUUACGGCAGGCUCAACAAGUUGGCAUCAUAAAUGAGGACUAUAAAUAUAUUAUCGCUAAUUUAGAUUUUCAAGCUUUCGAUCUUGAUCAAUUUAAAUAUACUGAGGCAAACAUAACAAGCUUUAGAGUAUUUUCACCCGAGCAAUACGCAGUUCAAGAGAUCAUGGAAAAGAUGGGCUACGACUCUACGCCAGAAAAUUUAAGAAAUGGAUCCUGUCCCAUAACACUUUCCAUGGCUUUGAUUUACGACUCUGUUCAACUAUUUGCGGAAACUACGAAAUAUUUAACGGUGCAAACCGCACCUUUAAACUGCAGUGAUCGGAGUGAAAGCGUUCUAGAUGAUGGCUCCACAUUCAAAAAUUAUAUGAGAACGCUCAAUCUGAAGGAAAGGACCAUAACAGGUAAAAUUUACUUUGAAGGAAAUAUACGCAAGGGCUAUGCUUUAGAUGUGAUUGAAUUGCAUCCGUCUGGAAUUUUGAAAAUUGGAACUUGGGAUGAAAUUUCAAAUCUUACCAUUCAACGUGUGCCACAAACAAACUCUGUUGUAGAGAACGUUGAUAAUUCACUUGCAAAUAAAACAUUCAUCGUAUUGUUAAAUGUUCCGAACAAACCAUAUGCAAGUCUUGUGGAGAGCUAUGAAAAACUGGAAGGCAACAGCCAAUAUGAAGGCUAUGGCGUCGAUCUUAUUAAAGAACUCGCUGAUAAACUAGGCUUUGAUUUUAUUUUGAAGAACGGUGGCAACGACUAUGGAUCAUACAAUGCUACUACAAAUACAACAUCAGGAAUGUUAAAAGAAAUUAUUAUGGGUCGCGCGGAUUUGGCAAUCACGGAUUUAACAAUUACAGCAGCACGCCAGCAAGUGGUCGACUUCUCCAUACCGUUCAUGAAUUUGGGCAUAGCAAUUCUACAUUUAAAGGCACAAAAGGCCCCACCAGCUUUUUUCACAUUUAUGGAUCCAUUCUCCAAAGAGGUGUGGUGGCUUUUGGGACUGUCCUUCCUCCUGGUGGCAUUCAGCUUUUUCAUAUUAGGACGUCUUUCACCUUCUGAAUGGGAUAAUCCCUACCCAUGCAUUGAAGAGCCGACCGAACUAGUAAAUCAAUUUACAAUUGGCAACUCAUUAUGGUUUACUACGGGUGCUUUACUACAGCAAGGUUCGGAAAUGGAGCCAAAGGCCAUUUCAACACGCACUGUCGCUUAUUUUUGGUGGUUUUUCACUUUGCUUAUGGUUUCAUCCUAUACUGCUAACUUGGCCGCUUUCUUAACCAUCGAAAACCCAACUAGCCUGAUUGAUUCUAUAGACGAUCUUGCUGAAAAUAAGCAUGGCGUAUUGUAUGGUGCAAGAAAGGUCGGUUCAACAAGAGAGUUUUUCGAGAAAUCGGAGGAUCCACGGCAUAUAAAAAUGAACAAAUUUUUAAAUAGCCAUCCAGAGCUGUUGACCAAUGACAACAUGGAGGGUGUGAACCGCGUGGACAUGACCUACGCUUUCUUAAUGGAGUCUACUUCAAUUGAAUACAAUACGAUGCGGCUAUGCCAUUUAAGGAAAGUUGGCGAUGCAUUGGAUGAAAAAGGCUAUGGAAUAGCUAUGCGAAAAAAUUGGCCUUACCGAGACAGAUUCAACAAUGCGCUACUUCAAUUGCAAGAACAGGGAUCAUUGGAGAAAAUGAAGAAUAAAUGGUGGAACGAAGUGGGCGCCGGCAUUUGUACUUCCGGUAAACAAGGAGGCGAAGAUACCGAGUUAAAAAUGGAAAACCUAAUGGGGAUAUACAUCGUUCUGGUUGUGGGAAGUGCACUAGCGUUUAUUUAUGGAAUCGUUAGUUGGAUUUGCUACAUUAUGGCAAAGGCGAAUCACUAUGGCGUGCCAGUAAAGGAGGCCUUUAGGGAAGAAUUAAAAUUUGCCCUUGAUUUUAAUAGUCACACGCGUAUUCUAAGAAGCACCGCCUCAAUAUAUUCAAGGAGUCGCAACCUUUCGCUUUCAAAUACAUCAAUUGAAACAAAAAUCAAAUCAAUGGAAAAAUAAUAGUAAUGUAUUUUUAUUUAUUUUUGCUUGCUUACUAUAAACGUCAGUAAAGUUAAGAGACAAUUUGUAAUAACUUCGUCUUGAAAUAUAAGAAAUUCA